UUUGCCGUCGCACGAUUUUUUAUAAAAUUUUUGAGGAUGAAGUCCUCAAUUGUGAUUUUUCUCCUUGUCACGACGCUUGCCGUCAUACACGGAGAGAAUGUUCGUGUAAAACGUCAAGAAGAAUCGAAAAAAGAUGAAAGCUUUGAAAGCGAAAUAUGCAAGGAUAAAGACGCUGGCGAGUGGUUUAGGCUCGUUGCUGGCGAAGGUGAUAACUGUCGAGAUGUAAUCCAGUGUACAAGUUCAGGUUUACAGGCGAUACGUUGUCCAGCUGGUCUUUAUUUCGACAUUGACAAGCAAACUUGCGAUUGGAAGGGCGCUGUUAACAAUUGUAAACUUAAAAAUAAGGAACGAAAAGCUAAACCACUGCUUGUAACUGAGGAACCACUUUGUCAAGAUGGAUUUUUAGCGUGUGCUGAUACAUCUUGUAUUGAACGUGGACUGUUCUGUAACGGAGAAAAAGAUUGCACUGACGGAUCUGAUGAAAACAGUUGUGACAUGGACAAUGACCCGAACAGAGCACCACCUUGUGACCCAGCAGUUUGUGUUUUACCAGAUUGCUUUUGCUCUGAAGACGGUACUACUAUCCCUGGUGAUCUUCCAUCAAAAGAUGUACCUCAAAUGAUAACGAUAACUUUUGAUGACGCAAUAAAUAACAACAACAUUGGACUGUACAAAGAAAUUUUUAAUGGAAAACGUAAAAAUCCAAACGGUUGUGAUAUAAAGGCAACAUUCUUUGUGUCACAUAAAUACACAAACUAUUCAGCAGUUCAGGAAAUGCACAGAAAAGGCCAUGAAAUUGCUGUACAUUCUAUUUCGCACAAUGAUGAUGAACGAUUCUGGUCUGAUGCAACUGUCGAUGAAUGGGCCAAAGAAAUGGCUGGGAUGAGAAUAAUUGCAGAAAAGUAUGCUAAUUUAACAGACAAUAGUGUUGUCGGUGUACGCGCACCUUACUUACGUGUCGGUGGAAAUAAUCAAUUUACGAUGAUGGAAGAACAAGCUUUUCUAUACGACUCAACAAUUACCGCAGCUCUAAACAACCCACCUCUUUGGCCGUACACUAUGUACUUCAGGAUGCCUCAUAGAUGUCACGGAAACCUUCAACAUUGUCCAACCAGGUCACAUGCCGUAUGGGAAAUGGUUAUGAAUGAGCUUGACAGGAGAGAAGAUCCUCAAAAUGAUGAAUAUUUACCCGGAUGCGCUAUGGUUGAUUCUUGCAGUAACAUCUUAUCUGGUGACCAAUUUUACAACUUCUUGAACCACAACUUUGAUCGUCAUUAUGAUCAAAACCGUGCGCCACUUGGACUUUACUUCCACGCUGCUUGGUUGAAAAAUAACCCAGAGUAUUUAGAUGCUUUCCUUUAUUGGAUUGACGAAAUUCUAGCUAACCAUAAUGAUGUUUACUUUGUUACCAUGACGCAAGUUAUCCAAUGGAUCCAAAAUCCACGCACUGUUACUGAAUCAAAGAACUUUGAACCAUGGAAGGAAAAGUGUGUUGUUGAUGGACCACCAGCAUGUUGGGUCCCUCAUACUUGUAAGCUUACAUCUAAGGAAGUACCCGGUGAAACAAUAAAUCUUCAAUCGUGCGUUAGGUGUCCUAAUAAUUAUCCGUGGUUGAAUGACCCAACUGGCGACGGUUUCUUUUAA